UAAAUAAAUCAUAAUCAUUUGAAGUUGUAGAUACGUGUUUUGUGCGUUAGGAUAUUAUCCGCAAGGCUAAAGACCUCAAGCGAGCCCUUCUCGUUUUUGAUUUUUGUUUGAGCAGUUUGGGAUAUUAUCUUCGCUAAAUAUCGGCGCGAACAGUGCGCUGUUGAACGGAGAAAGGAGCGCACGACUGCGCUUGCGCCGUUUAUAUACGUAUACGUUAUAUUUAAUAUUUAAAAUCCAAUAAAAAUUGUGAUCAUGUACAUUCGGAUAGUAUUUAUAUUUGUGUUGGUGGGCGUUUGGCGAGUGGGGUGCAGGGAGAAUAAAUACGAUAAUUACACACUGGUGAAGCUGUUUCCGUCAAGGACUGAACAAAUAAAAGCACUUAAUAUUUUAGAACAACCGAAUGAAGGUAUCGAAAUUUUAAAGAAAUCUAGAAGUCUCAAUGACAGCACUGACGUCCUGGUGCCUCCGAACGAAUUGAGAUUCGUUGAAGAUAUUAUAAAAAAGGAAGAUAUCCUUUACGAAAUAAAGAGCCACUAUGGAAGGUCAUUCGAAAAUUGGGACAGGACGCCUAAAAGGAGGUUUAUGCGAAGCUUCAGUAUAUUCGAGUAUCACAGCUACAACGCGAUUCAAGAAUUUAUAGAAAGUACUGCAAAGCGCCAUCCGGAGCUGGUGAGAUUGCAGAACUUAGGAACAAGUUACCAAGGCAGGCGGAUGAAGCUCGUUAAAGUAUCGUUGGAUCCCAGUGCUUGCAACCCGAUUAUAUUCAUAGACGCUGGUAUCCAUGCCAGGGAAUGGGCGGCACCAGCGAUGGCGUUAUAUCUCAUCCACAGACUAGUUAAUGAUCCUGACGCCAGGAAGGAGCUCGAUGGAGUCGACUGGUACAUCCUUCCAGUUGUUAAUCCCGAUGGAUACGAAUACACGAGAAGCAAUCGAGCGAAUCGUCUAUGGAGGAAGACCAGGUCAAAGAAUUCUGUUUUUGACUGUUUUGGGGUAGAUGGAAACCGAAAUUAUGGUUUUAAAUGGGCAGUCAGUGGUGUGUCCAAGAAUCCUUGUGACAAAGAGACAUAUGCCGGUCCGAAACCUUUCUCAGAGGUUGAGACCCAAUACGUCAGGAACAUCAUGAUGGAAAAUAGUAAACUAAAAUUAUACGUAUCUCUGCACUCCUACGGCCAAUAUUUGGUAUAUCCGUGGGGAUACACAGGAGAUUAUUUACCAAAGGAAUGGAAAAGAUUGGAUUCUUUAGCUAGAACGGUCUCAGAUGCUGUUCAGAGAGCAGGUGGAGAGCCAUUCAAGGUUUUGAGCGCUGGAAAAUGGUACCCAGCUGCCGGAGGUAGCGAUGAUUACGCAUUUGGUGCGGUGGGAGUUCCAUACUCCUAUACAAUGGAGCUGACUGAUGGUUACGAAUUCAUAUACCCUGAGAGGCUCCUUAAGAACGUGUUGCCACAGUAUUACGAGGGUUUUAAAGUAUUUGCAGCCCAGAUUAGAAAGGAAUUUCCAGCGUCCUGUUCCAACAGGAGAUAUUUACCUGAAGUGAUCGAAAUUACCAACUGAUAGAUUUAAUCGUAUUUAAUAUACUUUAAUAAACUAAACUAAAAAUAAGAA